AUGACGGCAGUUAUGGCCUUGCGCGCCGCAGUGCACAAUCUUUGUGCCAUCCCAGUGAAGGAGUUGACCUCAACGGCUGAAUAUAUUGCUACAACGAUUAGCGAAAGCAGUGCGAUUCUGUCUGUACCGGCUAACCAGGGUCAAUCCGCCGGCGAACCUGACAAAGCAGUUCUCCUCCAAAAAUUGAAAGCGCGCAUCACCAGCCUGUUACAGGAUAAGACGGUUGAAGGACGAUGGGCUGGCGUGGUUAUUAUGAAAGCAACGGUGGAGUCUGGGAGAUGGGAGAUCCUACGUGGCUGUGAGCCCUGGGCUCGCUAUAUACUGGCUAUACUAGGUGUAUGUUCUGAUCAAAAGCUGCUGCCUAAGGCAGACAUUGAAGACUGGCGAAAUGCUAACCAACAGCUACACUGA